AUGACGGGGUUUCAUGUCACAGCUCAAGAUGAAAGUGCUGCAGAAGAGCAAGCGGCGGAACGAAAACCAGACGUAGAUGGUGGAAUCGGCGUUUCCUGUGAGAAUGCAAGCAAAGAGUCCGACCCAAAAGAAGCCAAGGAGGAAUGCCACAGAAACAUUCUGGCGCUUGGGAAGCCGGUGCCAUUGCCCUGUCUCCCAGGCCUUCCCCAGUCGGUGCCUGGGAAGCAGAGCUACGUGGCCCCCCUGAAGUCACAGAGAGCUGCUGCAGGAUGUCGGAGGAAAAGACGAAGAAUGGGAACCUCCAGCCUGGUUCCCAAGAAAAAAAGCAAAGUGUUAAACCAGAGGAGAAUGACUGAAAGGGAGAUGAGCUCAACAGGCACCGGCUCGGAGGUCAGUUUAAAGAACCGGGAGAGUGAGAUUCCAGUCCAGGGCGCUGGCCUGAACUCUGAGGUCUGUGUGGCCCUGCAGACAAGGGAGACUGUUGAAGAGAGGCCUACCCUGACAGAAACGGUCCUGAGCAGUGACAUCUCACGGGGUUACGAGUGGGUCCCGAUUCCCUGCGUCAAUGCUGUGGACAGUGAGCCGUGUCCCAGCGGCUUCCAGUACAUCGUGAGGAGCUGCUUCACCUCCCAGGUGGCCGUUGAUAGGAACAUCACUCACUUACAGCGCUGCUCGUGUGUCGACGACUGCUCCUCCAGGAACUGCGUGUGUCGGCAGCUCAGCGGGGGCUGCUUCUACGAUCAGGACGGCCGACUCCAGCCUGGGUUCAACAAGAGGAUGCCCCAGUGUAUCUUUGAGUGCAAUCCCAUGUGCUCGUGCUGGCGGACGUGUAGGAACCGCGUGGUGCAGAACGGGCCCAGGGUCCAGCUACAGCUUUUCCGGACACGAGAGAUGGGCUGGGGCGUGCGGACGAUGGAGGACAUUCCGGCAGGAACCUUUGUGUGCGAGUACGUUGGUGAGGUGAUCUCCGAUGCCGAGGCAAAUCUUCGUGAAGACACCUACCUGUUUGACCUGAACAACAAGGGCGCAGAGGUGUACUGCAUCGAUGGACGUUUCUAUGGGAACAUCAGCCGCUUCAUCAACCAUUACUGCGAGCCCAACGUCUUUGUAACGAGGGCCUUCACGUCCCAUCAGGACAGGCGCUUCCCCAGGCUGGUCUUCUUCAGCAGAAGGGCCAUCAAAGCUGGAGAAGAGCUUGGCUUCGACUACCAGAGGACGUUCUGGGACAUCAAGGGCAAAUACUUGAGCUGCAAAUGUGGCUGUGCCAAGUGCAAAUACAGCAGCUUGGCACUGGCCAAGAGGCAGGCGCGCGCCCGGUCCCAGAGGAGGGAGGCAAAGGAGGCGCCCAUCAGCAGCUGUGCGGUGCUGGGCCAGGGCUCUGGCAGGCACAGUGUGACCGAGAGCUCGUUGUCAUCACUGUGCCGCUGCUUUGACAAACGCUGCAGGAAUUCCCUGAAGGAGAAGAGGAAGCUGCUGGCCAGCCAGCACGAAGCAGCCUGGGAACUGCAGGCGAACGUUGACCAUCGAGGACAGCAGCGAGAGCUGGAGGAUCAAAUCAAAGCGGGUCAGGAGCAGGUCAAGUGCCUGAUGGAAAGCCUCCCUGCAGGCUUCACACCCAGGGAUGCAACAGAAGCCGCAGCCUUCCGGCAGUAA